AUGGCGGAAAUCCGGAAGAACGAAUCCGCCUACACUGGACCGAUUUCGAAUGUGCUGGGUAUCUUUGGUCUCUCCAUGUAUACCACGGAGAAAACUCUUGAAGAUAUCUACGAGCCAUAUGGUAAUGUCGAAUCUUUCAAGCUGAUUUAUGACCGCGACAGUAGACGCUCACAUGCGUUCGGGUUUGUAACAUUUGUAAAUGAGGCCUUGGCCGAAAAGGCCCUUACCUCUACCAACGGAAUGCGUCAAGAUGCACAGGAGCCUUUUGAUAGCCAUUCAAAAGGCUAUCAAGUUGCCUUCUACCCCUAA